CAUGAUCCACGUUGCGGUUUGAUAUUACAAAAUAUCAAAGCAGCAGGUCAAAGUAAGGAAAAUAUCCCGCUCACAGAGAGAGAGAGAAAGCGCCAAAGCCAUAGCCUGAUAGCCAUGACAGAAACCGACAAUGCAUUCGGAUUCGCAAAUAUGAGCUACUACCUGCAUUAGUUGGUAAAUUUUCUCGGAGCUGAGAAAGCGCGAGAAAAUGUCGACAAGCAAUGGAGCCGACGUAGAAAGCGGCCUAGGACCGAGAACGUCUCCAGUUUCGAGUACAACCACACCGAGAGCGAGACCCGACCCUUUCUUGAUCUGCUGCAGAUGCUUCAGGGUCGUCACCGCUCUCACCGCAAUUCUCUGCAUCGUUGUCAACGUCUUCUCUGCCAUUCAAUCUUUCACUGAUGGAUCUGAUGUUUUCGAUGGGAUAUUUCGGUGUUACGCCGUCGUGAUUGGAGUGAUUGUGGUGGUGGUCGAGACGGAAUGGGAAUUCGUUAUGAAGUUCUGGAAGCUAUUGGAGUAUUGGGCUGGUAGGGGUAUGCUACAAAUCUUCCUUGCGGUCAUGACAAGAGCUUUUCCUGGCAAUUCCAGUACAAAAAAGGAUCUAGUUCUUCUAGAGGACAUAGCGAGCUAUAUGCUCCUUGCUUGUGGUGGGAUCUAUAUUAUUUCGGGAAUCCUAUGCAUUGGCUUUCUCAAACGGUCUCGGCAGAAGAAAGAAAUUUCAAGGGAGCAAGCAGCAAAGGAUCUUGAGGACUUGGAGCGGCGAAGGGAAGAACUUGAACACUUGCUUAUUGAGCAAAGAGAUUAAGAAAUAUUGCACCGUACGUAGGCAAAAAGUGACACCGGUGAACCUUGCUCAUGUUUCCAAUAUCGUGAUUCUGUUAGUGAGUUGCAUUUGAAUUAGUAUUCGUUGUUUGUAUAGUUGUGUGAAAAGGCAUGCUACCAAAGAAAAGGAGAGGAUCCAGGAUGUUAAUGUUAUUCAUUCGUGAAGAAAAGACGAGUCUGCGAACUGAUAAAAAAAAAUUACCAUAAGGGUUCAUGCGCGAAAUCCCUUUAUGUCGGCAGAGACACAAUCGUCUUAGACGAAUGCUUUCAAGAAGAUGCAAACCUGUGAAUUUGAAUCUUCCAUGCUUUUAUCAGAAUAAUGCAUUUUAUCAUUGUUGAGCUUUUGGUUCAUGUAAGGCUCAUUUUGUUAGACUAAUAAGCUGGAUUGUAAUAGUUGCUUUAGUGUGUUUUGUAUUUGGAUGACUCAGCUGGGGACCGGCUUGCCCGGCUCUGAGUGUGAGACUUAGCUUAUGGUUUACAUACCUCUGCUUGUCAAUGUCAAUUGGGUUUCCACGAAAUGAAACAGGCUUUUCGUUUC